UGUCUCGUUAGGGCUAAAGAAAAAAAAACAGUCGAUUUGAUUGAUGAACAUUGUGUGCGCGAUGCUAGCCAUUUUUGCGAACCAUCGUAACGAAAAGUAAUCGUGUUUGAAUUCAGCUCGCAUGAGAUUAGUUACGGAGUCGUUCAUCCCGUAAGGUAUCUGCGUACGUACUAAAGAAUUUGAAAGAUCUACAUAUUCGACAAAAUCGAAAUCGACGGCAUCGUAUCUCUUUACGGGAGAAAUGGAUGGCCUCAGUGUCGAGUAAUGUCCUUAAACUGUUUCUUGUGUAAACGACUGUCUAUGGAUUGUGUAUGAAGUAUCAGAACGGUCAUUGGAUAUCGUCCAUCGCGGAGAAAUUUCGCAGUCCAAGAACGGAGAUGGAGAAUUCAGAAGAGCCAACAAGUUUGCAAUCUAUCUGUCAUUUACAUGUUUCGGAAUUGUUUCCAAAGCACACAAAUCUUGAAUGCGAAGAUGAAACACUUGCGAUUCCAUUUACUCCUCUGAGUGGAGAAUCCAUUGUAGCACUUGGACGUACAUCGGAUGGAGUGUUGGCUCUUUCUAAUUAUAGACUUUAUUUACAAUUGAGUCAAACGUGCUACAAUAUCCCGUUGGGUUUAAUUGAACAGCUAGAAGUUAAAGAGAUUUUCUUCUUACAUAUCAGUUGUAAAGAUGCACGUUCUCUGAGUUGUGCCUUUUCCACGAAUGAACAUUGUUUAGAAUGGUUUAAGAGACUACAUAAAGUGACUUAUCCACCUAAGAGCAUAGAGGAUAUAUUUGCUUUCGCAUAUUAUGCUUGGUCUAUCGAGGAAGGCAAUGAUUUUUCUAAACUUGGAAAGGACAAUACUUCCUAUACUGCUACCUUUAACUCAGAGGUGGAACGACUGAAAUUUAAUUUGCACGGUACAUGGCGUAUCAGUCAAAUUAAUAAAGAUUAUCGAAUGUGUCCGUCGUAUCCACCGCUGCUCUUGGUUCCUGCUUGCAUUUCCGAUGCUAUUCUGGAUAUGGCGGCCAAGUUUCGUAGUUCUCGUCGAAUUCCUGCUGUUGUUUGGAGACACGUGAACAAUGGUGCAGUGAUAGCACGAAGUAGUCAACCGGAAGUCGGUUGGCUCGGUUGGAGAAGUGCAGAAGACGAAGCUCUUCUGAAAGCUCUUUCACACGCAUGUUCUUACGAUAAAGGUGAAUCGACGAUGGUGGAUUCUCCUAUUACUUAUCCCAAUGCUGGCGUCAAUGGUACUACAACAAAUAAUACCAAAAAAGUUUUAAUCGUGGAUGCCAGAUCGUACACAACCGCUGUGGCGAAUAGAGCGCGCGGUGGUGGUUGCGAAUGUCCCGAAUAUUAUCCCAGUUGCGAUAUACAGUUCAUGAAUUUACCAAACAUUCAUUCUAUACGGAAGAGUUUUCACGCAUUGAGGCAACUUUGCGCAUCAAAUACAGAUCAACCCAACUGGCUCAGUCUAUUAGAAGGGACACGGUGGUUACAACAUAUGUCUGGAUUACUACGUGCAGCAGUGACUGUUGCAUCUGCAAUAGAAAGAGAUGGUCGACCGGUAUUAGUACACUGUAGCGACGGUUGGGACAGAACGCCUCAGAUAGUUACUUUAGCGCAGAUCCUCCUUGAUCCGUAUUACCGAACUAUGGAGGGAUUUCAAAUCUUAUGCGAGAGAGAAUGGUUAGACUUUGGACAUAAAUUCGCGGAUCGUUGCGGACAAACAGUUGGUUAUGGAGAUCUAAAUGAACGAUGUCCGGUAUUUUUGCAGUGGCUUGACUGUGUACACCAGUUAACCCUAAAAUUUAAGUGUAGUUUUCAGAUGUCUCCGGCGUAUCUUGUGAAGUUAGCACAGCAUACGUAUUCGCAGCUUUUUGGUACGUUCCUUUGCAAUAGGAGACAAGAGAGGCUACAACUGACAAUACGGGAUCGUACAUUUUCAGUUUGGCGCUUCCUGAAUUCCAGUUCGUUCGUAAAUCAUUUAUACACGCCUUUAAAGAAUCAAGUAUUAUGGCCAAGUUGUAACGUUCGGGACCUUGUUUUGUGGGCCGAGGUAUAUUUAGGUUCUACGGAAUCCUCUCUAGAUAUCAGGGAUGAUAAACAGAGAGUAACGAUGAUAGAUAUUGAGAGUGGUGAAAGCGAAGAACCACAGGGACAAAUGACUAAAACUCGAUCAUAUGGGGAUCUUAUGCACACUCCCGAUCACGCGGCCUACCUGCACCGUAGACUCAGCGAUCCAAGUAUUUCGGUGGAAACAAAGUUCGAUUCUCUGACGCUCGAUGCAGAAACGAUGGAAAAGGAUGUAAAUGACGACGUAGAAUGUAAGACUGAAAACGAGAAAAGAAUUACGCCAGAGAACGAAGACAUAUCAAAGCAAUGCAAUAACACGACUGAAGUCUCGAAUGACUCGCCAGCGAAUCCAUCGGUAGAGAGUUCAACGGACACACUGAUACAUAGCAACGAUUUUUUACUCGGUACUAGCACCAAUAUCGAAACUAGCAGGUCGCAAAAAAACUCGCCGCAGGACAUCGUUUUGCCGUGGAUCGAGACAAACACUAACGGUCGAACAGUUUGUUCUUGUAAUCGUAACUACAAUCACAACUUCAACGAGGGCAGCGACAUCAGCGACACCAGCGUGCCACUGAUAUCGAGAACACCCAGUAGCGUUUGUCCAGCAUCCCCGACUCGUCAGGACAUGAUGCCAGACAAUCUUGACAGGUUAGACGACGUCGAUGGUCUUCCCGUUGUACAUUGCGAUGUUCAGAUGCGCGUGCAACAGAUUAUCGUUGAGCACAAGCUAAAGGAAGAAGCGUUAAAGAAGGAGUUGCAUACGACGAGGGUGGCUCUGAUCAAGCAAGUUUGCAAUCAUAACGCGGACACUGAUCGCAUCGACGAUAUCAGAUCGUUGCCCGAUUCGGUGGGAAGUGCCGGCGAUCACGGGGAGUCGUUACCAUCGGAUAUGUCUUGGGAAGCUGUCGAAGAAUUGGGUCCUGCUCCUACACUUUGGGUACCUGACCAUGCGGUAAAUCGAUGCAUGGGUUGCGAUACAGAAUUCUGGCUCGGAAGGCGCAAGCAUCAUUGCAGAUGUUGUGGCAAGAUAUUCUGUGCGGAUUGUUCGGAGAAUUCAACGCCGUUACCCAGCGAACGACUGUACAAUCCCGUGAGGGUUUGCAGCGAUUGUUUUAACCGAAUCCAUCGGCGUACAAGCCCCUGCCAGUGUAACGCUCGUCAUCAAAACAAAGGCGAUAACGACACGGAGCUUACGUCGAACUCUGAGAGCUUGAUGACUUGUCAGAGACCGAAGGGUUUAAACGUGACUAAAGACAGCUGUUGUGACAAUUUGAUGCAGAUUGCGCAUCAGAAAGCGCAACCACCGGUCACAGCAGCCACGGUAAAUUGAAAGCUCGUGAGAAAUAACGACGAGGAACAACAACGCAGCAUUCGGGUUUCGAUUUGGCUUUCGACAGGACGAUGUUCGAGCUCGGAGAGUAUUCACGAGUGGUACCGGCGUGCGCGAUUAUCGGGUGUUUUAAGUUACACGCAGAAGUUGUGUCGUAAAUCGAUAUGGUACAAGUGUCGCACGAUCGCCGCGCUAAAUUCUACGAGCGAUUUAAUAUUUAUUGCUAGUGUAAUAAUUUGUACGAAGAAGUGUAUAGCAUCAAAGAGAAAACGAGUCAGUAUACGAGGUGUUGUAUAUACGUUAGGAGUUAUUCGAUCCAACGAGACACCUGGCUUCUUUGAACGAGACUACUCAAGUUUCCCCGUUUUUAGGAAAUCUUUUUAUCCUCGUGAGGUACAGUGAGGCGGAGGCCGAGGAACGUUUUGGAUAGGCUGUGACUGACGUCUAGUUUUUAGACACCGUACGUGGUGCGAUCUUAAUUAAUUGUCGAUCGAACGAUGGAACAACUCGUUAAUUAGUAGUUGGAUUACGAUACGAGUAACCUGUAUUUGUAUAUUGCCGCUGUUUACGAGAAUUGGAAUAUUAAA